AUGCAGGAGCUUCGGCAAAACGAGAUUAUCGACAGACUGAAGGCGUUCUCCCUGACGCCGGACCCGGGGACAGUAGUGGAGGUGUCGGCAGGAGAGGGGCGUCCGUUGGUGAUCUCCUAUAGCGCCGACUCGCUUUCGUACGGCGGUGUACACGACCUUCCCGUUCUGGUGAGUAUCAAGGAAGGCCGUCACUUCUGGCUGGAUCUGAAGGGCACCACCGUCCCGCCACAGUCCCCCAUGCUACACGUGCCAACCGGCCUCCAGAGGAGCUACGUGCUCGAGCCGGUGGCGAUAGGCACUCCCCUAAGCGAGGCACCGCUGCAAACGACAGAGCUCCUCAACGUGGGUGAGGCAGCCGUCUCGUACAAAGUGGACAGCAGUGGCAUCAAGCGGGCCAACAAUUCCCAGGGCCACGGCAUGCCUGUGAGAACGUCGUGGUCGGUGGUUUCUGUGAAGGUGUUCAGGCUGGAGGAGAAAACCGGAUCUAUUGCCGGAGGCGGCUCGGCUUUUCUUCGUUGGCGAUUCUUGCCUCUAGAAGCCAAGGAAUACGUUCUUAGGGUGACCGUACGCACCGUGGAACGACAGCAACAUGACGAGCGGUUCGGGGAAUGGUUCGGGGAAGGAUCCGAGGAGCAGACGCUCGAUAUCACUCUCAGGGCUGCUGGCUAUGACCCGAGGAUGCGUGACCCGCACAGCGAGAUCCUGCCAGCGGUAGACCUCGGCUUCGUGCACCCCGCACGCCAGUUAGAGGUUCCGUCAGGGCAGCCCUGCAUCUUGGGGGCGGAAAGGCUUCGCUUGGGACGGAUUCCGCAGGGGGCGGUUUUGUCCAGAAUCAUCUCCAUGAGGAACUGCCUGUUGAAGUCGGCGGUAGAAUUUUCUUGGGACCCUGAAGACACGGGCGUCGAGAACCCCCUGCUAACCGCUGGGGUGGUGUCGAUCCAACCCUUCAAAGGGAGAAUAGACGCGGCACAGUCAGUGCUGUUUCAGGUUACCAUUUUCGCGGGGUGUGGGCCGAGAUUUCUGGGGCAGCAACCCGUGGCGUGUGUCGUGUGCCAGGAGCCACCAACUAAGGCGGUUCGUUCCAGAAGACCCAAGUCUCGCCUGGAGAGCCGCAUGGACGAGGAAAGGCAGGCCCGUGCCCGGGCGCCCGAGCCUCGCGUACCGGUGGUGUCGCGCCCGACCGCUGCACGCUCUCAGCACGUGGCCGAAAUCGCCAAGACCCUGUCGACGAGGCACAGCUGCAGCGACGACCACGGCCGAGUCCUGUGCCCGGCGUACCCGACGUCCACCGUGAACGCCCCGGUCCCCAGGGUGCUGGCUGAGGCGCUCGAACAGGGUACCGGCAACGGUUCGGGCAUGGGAGGAGAGCUGCCACGCGAUGGUUGCUAUGGCGGGGAAGAGGGGGAAGAAGAAGAGAAGGUGGACGGUCGGGGGGACGGUGGCGACGGUGCGAGAAAUCAACCCAGGGGGGCCGGCGAAGGAUUGCAACCAGGCCCAGGAGGAAGAGGCAUUACUGCUGCCGGUCAGGCUAACCGCGCGCCAGGACCCGCGCUUUGCCUCGCAAAUAGGACCGGAGGGGGAACGGACCGCUUCAGUAGUCGGGGGGGGGACAGGCCGGGAACCAGCGGAGGAGGCGCCGUUCUCCUUCGACUGGACGUGGAGGGAGAGGUAGUAUGCAUGGAAACGUUCCACGCGCUCUACGGCGGACGAGGAGAAAUCAACCAGGACGACUCUGGGAGAUCGGAACCUCGCGCUGCAGCAAGAUCAGUGGAAACAUCAACAUCUUCAGGGCAAGGGGGGGGCAGUGUCGGGGACCGUAGCAGCGACAUCAGCAGCGGUACAAACAUCAAUGGUGGGAGGGUAGACGCUUUCGUCGUACCCGGGCCAUCUAGAUAUGUGCCGGAUUGGGCGGCGUUUGGGGCAGGUCACAAGGAAAGCGGGAAAGUCAAGAUCGGAGGGUCUUUGGCAAGAACGGAAAAGGGCGGGAACGGCAAGGUAGGUUUUCGUAGCAAGGAUGGGCGCUACGUACUCGUGCGAAUUCCCUGA